GUCGACUCAGCCGAACUGUGAAUGCAGUUUUGAUUUCAAUUCCUUAAGGAUCUUCUUCGUUAUGGCUACUUGUUUGCGUGGUAUCACGAAUAGAGUUAAUCUUUUACAGAGACGAGUGUAUCCAUCGUGUGGUCAUCUGAUUCGUGAUGAUAGAGAUGAAACUAAAUCUGAUUCUUCGAAUUCGGAUACAAUGAUUCGUAAAGUCUUAGCAAGUAAUGGGACUAGCAAGCUUAGCUCUAUGUCUUUGGAGAGGCAUUAUCAGUCGUUUUCGUUUUCUGGGCCAUUGGGUCUUGGAUUGUCGUCGUGUCGGUAUAUGAGUUCUACACCACCGGAAUGGUCUGAUAAAGUUGAUGGUAUCGACUUUGUGGCAACGGAAGUUGUUCCCGAUGAAAUCAUUGAAGCUGUGACGACCACAAGCCAAGCUGUUCCUGCUAUAAACGAGGUUGCUAUUGCUGCUGCGGAUUCUGCUUUUCCUGUUGCUGCUUUGCAGCAUUUGAUUGAUGGUGUGCAUUCCUUUACUGGCCUAAACUGGUGGGCUUCAAUAGCCUUGACAACUGUUCUUAUUCGUGGAGUUACAAUACCUAUUCUUUUGAAUCAACUAAAGGCUACUUACAAACUCAAUGUUCUGAGGCCACAACUGGAGGAGUUAAGGCAAGAGAUGAGCACUAAGGCUCAGGAUCCUGAAGCCAUGGCAGAAGGUCAAAGACGGAUGCAAUUAUUGUUUAAAGAACAUGGAGUAACUCCAUUUACACCCCUCAAAGGACUUAUUAUUCAAGGUCCCAUCUUCAUCAGCUUUUUCUUUGCGAUCAGGAAUAUGGCUGAGAAAGUCCCAUCAUUUAAAACCGGGGGAACUCUUUGGUUUACUGAUCUCACCACUGCAGAUACCACAUAUAUCUUGCCACUUCUCACUGCAGUGACUUUCUUGAUUAUGGUAGAGUCAAACAUGCAGGAAGGUCUUGAAGGCAAUCCAGUAGCUGGAACUAUGAAGAAAUUCUCAAGAAUCAUUGCCUUCCUUUCUAUUCCAAUUUUGAUAGGCAUUGAAAAGGCAUUGUUCUGUUACUGGCUUACUUCCAACCUGUUUACUCUUGUGUAUGGAUUAACAUUAAGACGUCCUGAUGUGAGGAAGUUCUUGAAUCUCCCAGAUGUUGUCAACUCUUCUACUAGGCAGCCAUCACCGGUGUCGCCUUUGCCAUUUUCCUUUCCCGAGACAAAAGACCAAAGUGUUGUUGCUCAAGAAAAACCUCCAAUGUCGUCCUCCGAGUCAUCUUCAAGUGUUCCAGAUAGAAGAAUCUCACGGAGUUCAGUUCUGAAUCAGAGAAUCAGAACUCUGGAGAGACAACUCAAGGACAGGAAGAACAAGAAGUGAGAGAUUCUUUUAUGUCAGGUUUGUUUUGCUAAAACUAGCCGAUACUGAAGAAGUAAUAAGUAUCCUCGGGAAAUUAAGAUUUUGAGUUAAUGGCGGAGUUAUAGGAAAAAUUUCAGUUAAUGUGACAACAAUCAAUCUACAAGACCUGGUGGUGAUGUUCCAAGUUUUCGUUCUGCAAAAACAGAGGAAUAACGAAUCAAUUCUAAC